AAAUAUAUUUAUAAGUUAAUUUAAACUCACACUUUUAUAUCUGUCGAAAUUAAAAUAUCGUUCGAGAGUAUCGAAAUUUCGCAGAAUCGAGGUAACAGUCUGGUUUUUAAAAUAUUUGUGUGUAUAUAUUGAGGGGAUUAGAAAUUAAUAUAUUUAAAUAUUAUGUGAUUUGCAAUAUAUUUAUAUAUAUAUAAUAUUCUAAUAGUUAAAAAGAAAGAAUUUAGAUCAAGAGCGUUAUAUUGGAACAGUUGACUUGAAGAAUCUAUAACCUAACUAUGAGUAAUAAGACUAAUAACACAGGUAAAGGUGAGAUAGAUCCUGUACAGGAACAGCUGACUGGUAGGGUACGAGAAGUUGGGAAUUAUGCGAUCUGGAGUUUGUCGAGUUGCAAACCAGGAUUUGGCGUGGAUCAGCUUCGGGAUGAUAUCACGGAAACCUAUUGGCAAUCAGAUGGACAAUUACCUCAUUUAGUAAACAUACAAUUUAAAAGAAAAACGACCAUUCGUGACAUAUGUAUUUACACAGAUUACAAAUUAGAUGAGAGCUAUACUCCUAACAGGAUAAGUAUCAGAGCUGGGACCAACUUCAAUGAUCUCCAAGAGGUAGAAGUGAUGGAUUUAAAUGAACCAAGCGGUUGGAUAGUAAUUCCUAUUAAAAACAUAAAUGAUCGCCCCAUUAGGACAUUCAUGAUUCAAAUAGCAGUCAUUAGCAAUCAUCAGAAUGGCAGGGAUACCCAUAUGAGGCAAAUCAAAAUCCACAGUCCUGCACAGGAUAUCCUUGGUCCACCGGCGCCUUAUAUCCCAGGACAGUUUCUCACCAAUGAAUUUUUACGCUAUGCUACAAUUAGAUAAGAUUAUAAAUAUUUAUAAAUGAGAAAGGACAACAUUUUAUUAUUUAUUUGUCAAAAUUCAGUUCAGAAGAUCUCAAACUUUUUCAUUUUCAGUCAUUUACAAUCUGUUAUUUUGUGUAUUGUAUUUAUGCAUUAAGAAUAUAUCAUCUUUACUAAAUUA